AUGCGUUGGAUGCCCGUACUGCGGCAGUUCAUUGCACCUUCAAUAAGGACUUUCUGUACUACAACCAAAAACACUGGCGCUGGCAACGCUUCGUUGCGACAGAUCUCCGAUGAUGCUUUCUACGUUGUCAAUGAAGUUGUAAUGAAACGACUCGGCCAUGUGCCGAUCCAUAAGGUUCGUUCUUUUGCGAUCUGA